AUGCCGCGCCGGGCCACCCCGCCGUCGUUGGCCGGAGUCGAAGGGGUGGCUCAGGGUGGUCAGGGGGCUGCUACCACCAUGCUCCGCUCCCUGCUGCUUCACUCGCUGCGGCUGUGCGCCCAGACGGCCUCGUGCCUCGUGCUCUUCCCGCGCUUCCUCGGCACGGCCUUCAUGCUCUGGCUCCUCGAUUUCCUGUGCAUCCGCAAGCAUUUCCUGGGCCGCCGCCGCCGGGGUCAGCCCGAGCCCGAGGUGGAGCUCAACAGCGACGGCGAAGAGGUGCCCCUCGACGACCCCCCCAUCUGCGUGUCCGACGACAACCGCCUCUGCACCCUGGCGUCGCUCAAGGCGGUGUGGCACGGCCAGAAGUUGGAUUUCUUCAAGCAGGCGCACCAGGGCGGCCCAGCACCCAACUCCGAGGUGGUCCUGCCCGACGGCUUCCAGAGCCAGCGCAUCCUCGACUACGCGCGUGGGAACCGCCCGCUGGUACUCAAUUUCGGCAGCUGCACCUGACCGCCGUUCAUGGCGCGCAUGAGCGCCUUCCAGCGCCUGGUCACCAAGUACCGGCGCGAUGUGGACUUCCUCAUCAUCUACAUCGAGGAAGCGCACCCCUCCGAUGGCUGGGUCACCACAGACUCCCCCUACAGCAUCCCCCAGCACCGAAGCCUGGAAGACCGCGUCAGCGCCGCACGGGUACUGCAGCAAGGCGCGCCCGGAUGCGCGCUGGUUCUCGACACCAUGACCAACUCAAGCAGCUCGGCCUACGGCGCCUACUUUGAGCGUCUCUACGUCAUCCAGAAUGGCACCAUUAUGUACCAGGGUGGCCGUGGCCCCGACGGCUACCAGGUAGCAGAGUUGCGCACCUGGCUAGAGCGCUACGACGAGCAGCUACACAGUGCUCCGGCUCGUCGGGUGUAA